CUACACUUACUGUAGUGCCUUUCUAUCAUCUCCAUCACAAGCAAGAUUUAGUUAUUUUUCAUCAUCAUCUUUUGUCAUCUUGACCAAAGGGGAAACCAACAAUGUUCAGCAUCUUUAAAUUGACUCUGGUCCUGGCUGCCGUGGUUUGCGUCUCUGUAGCCCAAUUGUAUGAAUCCAAACAGCAGUGUCUGUGUCAACGACUCCGGAAUGGAAUUCCCAAAAAAUCUGAAGUCAAAGACAUCCAGAUCUAUCCUGCAACGAUGUUCUGUGACAAAGUGGAGAUUAUUGUCACCCAGAGCAAUGGCUUACGCUAUUGCCUGAACCCUGAGCUAAAAGCAGUGAGAAAACGCCUGGAUUUCAUCAUCUACAAGAAGAGACAGAGCACUUCUACCACCGCCCAAGCAACUCCAUUCAGCGGCACUUCCAACCCAAGCAGCUCUAACACAGCUCGCAACUGAUUCUCUCUUUAACUCCUCAGAUUAAUAAGCUCUGAUGACCACUGACAAAUGCACCUUCAACAAAUGUAGAUGUAAAUGGAUUAAAUACUUUGUCUAUUUAUCUUCUAUUUAUACCUACAGUA